AUGCUGCUCAGAGGAUUACGAGCCUGUGCUGAGCGUGCCUCGAAGCCGCUCAUGACAAACUUGGAUCGAAUUUCGAAGACCACCAAGGAAUUGUUGGAAAGAAGAAGGGCUUUGAGGCUUGAUCCGAAUGCAUCGCACAUUGAGCGGCAGAAGAAGAUUCUGGAAGCAGCACAAAGAAGAAAGAGUCUAAAGAAGUGCCGCAGGGAUCUUUGCGAAUAUAAUAGUCCGCUAGCAGCCUUGCUGAGCGAAGGCGGGAUUCGCACGUCUUCUCAUCGUGAGAUCGAAAUCACUGCGGAUAGGUUCUACUCGAACCAUUUCUGUUCAUCAACUCCUCUGUCAAGCCCGAUCAUCCCUACCAGACGUCCAUUUCGUCCCUUCUUAAAACCUUGGCCUACCACAAGAGUAACAGAAAGCGCACAUAUCACGAAGAAAGAGCAAAUGAUUAAGGAGCUGAAUAGUAACGAGAUAGGUCCGAGACAUCAUGAGAAGUCAGUAGCACAAAAGAUUCAAAAUACAGGUUCUGAGAUCCUCAUCUACCAAGAAACUAGGGGAAGAAUGCUUGCAGACAAACUUUAA